GGACUGGAGACCUGAGAGACGAGCCGGCCCAUCCCGAAUGCGCCACGAGCGAGUUGUCAUCAUCAAAAAUAUGUUCCAUCCGAUGGAUUUUGAGGAUGACCCAUUGGUGCUGAAUGAAAUCAGAGAAGACCUUCGAGUAGAGUGUUCAAAGUUUGGACAAAUUAGGAAGCUCCUUCUCUUUGAUAGACACCCAGAUGGUGUGGCUUCUGUGUCCUUCAGGGAUCCAGAGGAAGCUGAUUAUUGUAUUCAGACUCUCGAUGGAAGGUGGUUUGGUGGCCGUCAAAUCACUGCCCAGGCGUGGGAUGGAACUACAGAUUAUCAGGUGGAAGAGACCACAAGAGAAAGGGAGGAAAGGCUGAGAGGAUGGGAGGCUUUCCUCAAUGCUCCCGAGGCCAACAGAGGCCUCCGGCGUUCGAAUUCCGUUUGUGCUUUGGAAAGGGCAGGGCCUUCUAGAGUAAGGCAUUUUUCAGAGCACCCUAGCACAUCUAAAAUGAAUGCACAAGAAGCCACAAAUGAAAUGGCAUUCGAAGAACCUAUCGAUGAAAAGAAGUUUGAAAAAACUGAAGAUGGGGGAGAAUUUGAAGGAGAUGCUUCUGAAAAAGAUGCCAAAGAGAGUGGCCCCGAGAAAGAGCCUGAAGAAGGCUACCCCCAGAAAGAAUCUGAAGAAGGCUGCCUCAAAACAGAGUCUGAGGAAGGCUGCCCCAAAAGAGAGCGUGAAGAAGACUACCCUGAGAGAGAGUCCGGAGAAGGCAGUCCUGAGAAAGAGUUCGAAGAGGGUAGUCCUAAAACAGAGUCUAAAGAGAAUGGCCCCGAACGGGAAUCCAAAAAGAAGAGGCUCAAAAAUGAUUAUGAAGAGAAUGGCCUUGAAAAGGAAUCUGACCAAGAUGGCCCCAGCAGGGAGUAUGAGGAGGACGAGAGCCCCCAAAAGGAGUCUGAUGAAGACGACUCGGAAAGGGAAUCUGAGGAAGACUGCUCUGAAAAGCAGUUUGACGAUGGCUCCGAGAAAGAAUUUGAAGAGAACGGCCUCGAGAAGGAUUUUGACGAGGACGGCUCCGACAGGGAGUUUGGUGAAAACAUUCUCGGGAGGGAGUUUGAAGACAAUGACUCUGACAAAUCGGAAUUUGGAGAUAGCAGCUCCGAAAGAGUGUUUGAGGAGGAAGUCUCCGAGAGAGAGUUUGACGAAGAGUCCGAUGACAAGGAAGAAGGGGAAGACACAUACGAAAAGGUGUUUGAUGACGAGUCAGACGACAAAGAGGACGAAGACUACGCAGAUGAGAAGGGGCUCGAAGACGCUGAUGAGAAGAUGUUCGAAGACUCGGAUGACAAAGAGGACGAGGAAGAAGGAGUAGAGGUCAAGGAAGAUGAAGACGUGGACGAAAAGAUGUUCGAAGAGGAUGAUUCCAACGGGAAGCUGUUCGACGACGAGGAUUCCAGUGAGAAGCUGUUUGACGACUCUGACGAGAGAGGGACAGUGAGGGGCAUGGGGAAUGUGAAAGACGAAGGGCCCCUCUCCACAGGCAGCAGCUUUGUCCUCAGUAGUGAUGACGAUGUCGAGGACAUUUAAUCCCUUAAACUUGCUUGGUAGGGAGCUUCCUCCAUCCGCAUUCUGCCCGUGCUCCAGGGUAAUUGCUAGCAGUGUUACAUGAACGUGUGCCUAGUGGUAGGAUGCCAGCAGAAUAAUGCAUUGAAGUUUUCACUCUUACCUGUACUUAAUGAUUUGAAAUCUGUGUUAAUUGGCCGGCCGUUCAGGUAAAACUUCAUAGUAUAAUGCAAGUCAGCUGGGUACUUGUCCUUUGUCAGAUUUGUUAAACGCAUGCAGAAUAAUAUUUUUUAAAGUAUUCUGAUUGAAGUUUGUGAUAAUUCAAAAAUAAAAAUAAGUUGUUAAUAUGCCGAAACUGAAAAAUUGGACUUGCGUUACAUUGCAUUUUAAAUUCUUGCUGUUGCUUUAUUCAUACUAAAGUGUGUGGUGUUUGUGAGGACUUGAUAAAGCUCGUAGGAGUCUUCUUGCUUCCAGCUUCCCUUAGCACUUACAUCCCCAUUUCCCCUCCCUAACCCAGAACAUGUUACUAAACUUACAAAGUAAAUAACACUCUGGAGUUUUUCCCUGCCUAGUCCUUGCGAGCUACGUUCAUUUGUUUUCUUUUCCACCCUCUUUCCACGAAAACGGACUCUGAGAUGUGCGAAAGUGAACUUUCCGAGGUCCAUAGCUUCCCUUAUUGGAAAUACGGAGGAGAUUAGAAUUCUCCUGUGUACUGUUUGGGCCCCUUGAGAAGCUGAUUGAAGUCAUGGGACCUUCCCCCAGAAAAAUGUAUGCACACACUACACAGCUUUUGUGUAUAUACACUUUUCAGAGGUUCAUGGAUCCUCUGGAGUUUAAGAUCUACUUGUAUCAUGCGUACUUCGGAAUUUUGUUCUAGAUUCAUGGUGCCUAGUACUGUGCUGAGUUGUGUAGUCCCAAUAAAAAUUGGAGUCUUUCUUGAUUGUGCUUUCCAAAUUAAGUAUUGGUGAAUUGACUUCUGCUGUAGCAUUAAGAAGUGACUCUCGUGAAUUAGAAGCAUUAAAAUAAACUGCAUUGGUGCUUUUUCAUUA